AACCCGCGGCGGGCCGGCGGCGGAGCAGGCCCGGGGCCCCGGGGAGGCUGCGGGCGGCGCAGGGCCCGGCGCGGCGGAGCGAGGCCCGGAGAUGCCGAGCAAGAAGAAGAAGUACAACGCGCGGUUUCCGCCGGCGCGCAUCAAGAAGAUCAUGCAAACGGACGAAGAGAUCGGGAAGGUGGCGGCCGCCGUGCCUGUCAUCAUCUCCCGGGCCCUCGAACUCUUCCUGGAAUCCCUCUUGAGGAAGGCCUGCCAGGUGACACAGUCGCGAAAUGCCAAGACCAUGACCACGUCCCACCUGAAGCAGUGCAUUGAACUGGAGCAACAGUUUGAUUUCCUAAAGGACCUGGUGGCCUCUGUCCCCGACAUGCAGGGAGAUGCGGAGGACAACCACAUGGACGGCGACAAGGCGCCGCGAAGGGGUCGGAAGCCAGGCAGCGGCGGCCGCAAGAACGGUGGCAUGGGAAGCAAGGCCAAGGACAAGAAGCUGUCAGGCACCGACUCCGAGCAGGAGGGCGAGUCUGAGGACACAGACACGGACGGGGACGAGGAGACACCCAUGCCGCCUCCCCAGACCAGCCACCCCCCUGUCCACUUUCAGAGCCCUUCCGCCCCUUUCCUGCCCUUCGCCCCUACUCUGCCUCUGCCCCCCACGCCGCCGGUGCCCCCAGGUCCGUCUGCGCCAGACAUGGAGGAUGAAGAGGACUACGACUCCUAGCGCCCUUCGCCCCCGGGCCAUACUCCUUUUAGUUGGUUUUAGUUGCUUUUGGGGGGACAGAGAAAAGGUGGAGUUGUUCUUAAAUUUAUUAAAAAAAAAAAUUUAAAAAG